UUUUCUUUAUUUUUAAUUUUCCAUUGUGAAUUAUCUAAUCAUUUGGCAUGGUUAUAUAUUUUAGGCUGAUACAGCAAGAAAGCAACACAGUAGUAGGAUGAAACAAUCAUUCAGAUUAAUAACAUAGAACAGUACAGACCUAUAAUAUGCCCAUCUAUGUAAUCCUAUUACACAAUCAAUCUAACUCUUCCCUCCAUUAUUCUUUCAUUCACAUGCCCAUCUAAGACUCUUUUAAAUGUACUUAUUAUAUCAGCCUCUACCACUACCCUCAUUCCAGGCACCAUCACUCCACAUGUUAAAAACCUACUUCUGACAUCUCCCAAACACGAGGAAAUCUGCAGAUGCUGGAAAUUCAAGCCACGCACACAAAACGCUGGUGGAACACAGCAGGCCAGGCAGCAUCUAUAGGAAGAAGUACAGUCAACAGGAGGGUGAAGCUAAGAGCUGGAAAGGUGAUUAGCAAAAGGGAUGCUGAGCUGGAGAAGAGAAAGGAUCAUGGGAUGGGAUGCUUUCUCUGGUGGACAGAGCAUAGGUGUUCAGCUAAAUGGUCUCCCAGAAAGCAGGAUCUCCCAGUGGCCACACUUUUUAAUUCCAUGUCCCAUUCCCAUUCUGAUAUGUCUGUCCUUACUGUCAAGAUGAAGCCACACUAAGGUUGGAGGAACAACACCUUAUAUUACGUCUGGGUAGCCUCCAACCUGAUGGCAUGAAAACUGAUUUCUCUAACUUCCGUUAAUGCCUCUCCUUCCCUUCUUACCCCAUCCCUGUUUUAUUUAUUUUCCCUCCCCUCCUUUUUUUUUCUCUCUCUGCCCAUCACUCUUUGCCUGUUCUCUAUCUCCCUCUGGUGCCCUACCCCUUUCUUUCUCCCUAGGCCUCCCAUCCUAUGAUCUUUUCCUUUCUCCAGCUCUGCGUCCCUUUUGCCAAUCACCUUUCCAGCCGUCAGCUUCAACCCCAGCCCCUCCUGCCUUCUAUCAUUUCGGAUUUCCCUUUCCCCUCCUACUUUCAAAUCUCUUACUAUCUUCUCUUUCAGUUAGUCCUGACGAAGGGUCUCGGCCCAAAACAUCGACAGUGCUUCUUCCUAUAGAUGCUGCCUGGCCUGCUGCGUUCCGCCAGCGUUUUGUGUCUGACAUCUUCCCUAAGCUUUCCUCCACACACCUUAAACAGAUGUUCUUUGGCACUAGCCACUGCCACCUUAAGAAAAUGGUGCUGACUGUCCACUUUAUCUAUGCCUCUCAUAAUCUCAUAAUGUACAUCUCUGUCAAGUCACCUUUUAUUUUACCCUCUGUGGUUCCAGAGAGAAAAGCCCUAGCUCGUUCAACAUUUCUGCAUAGGUUGCAUGGUCGUUCAUGCUGGUAGACGGAAUAAAGGAGUUAAAACUAUUUUCCAAAUGGGUAGCAAAUUCAGGAACUGUAGUCCUAGCAACACACACAAAAUGCUAGUGGAACACAGCAGGCCAGGCAGCAUCUAUAGAAGAAGCACUGUCCACGUUUCAGGCCGAGACCCUUCGUCAGGAUUCUCUAAAGGUUACCUUGCAGGUUGAAUCAGUAGUAAGGAAAGCAAAUGCAAAUCAUAAAAUCAUAGAAAAAUACAGCACAGAAAACGGCCUUUCAGCCCAUCUAGUCCAUGCCAAACCAUUUAAACUGUCUACUCCCAUCAGACUGCAUUGGGCUAAUGUUAGCAUUUAUUUCAAGAUGACUAUAAUAUAAAAGCAAGGCUGCAUGGCUUCCUGAAAAACAACUUUUAUUAAGACAUUGGAUAGACAACGCUUGGUUUAGUGAACCCCUUAUCUAAGGAAAGAUAUGCUGGCAUUGGAGAGGUUUGAUCCCGGGAAUGAAAGGGUUAACAUGUGCGUAACAUUUAAUUCAGAUUCAAAUUAUUGAUUGUUCUGGGAAAAAUAUUUUAUUUAAUUCAGUUCAUAUCAUAGUCCAGACAGGUAAGCAAACCAUUUUGUAGUGGCAGGUCUGGCUUCUGUACCUUUCAUUAUCAGACAAGGGAAUCCACAGGCAGACUGCACCAUCAAAGUCUCAUUUUCUCUUGAACUGUCAGCACAUGACAAGAUUUGCAAACAAGUCAGACAGCAGCCAUUUUAUCUUGGGCUGCUACACUGAACAAACUAGAUUUGAAGUGCUUGAUAAGCGGCUGUUCGCUUCCGUGCCUGCAGCAAUCAGGAGGGAAAAACAACCAAUCAACCACAAACAGCAUAAAAUAGAAAAUGACUAUAUGUGAUGAGACUCAAUCGGCCAAUUUUCCUACUUCCAACAUGCAAAAAGCCUUCUCUAUUUUCAAUUAUUUAGAUCACAAGAAACUGGGUACAAUGUCAAGAAAAUGAUCAAUUGUGUAGAUGCUUGUACUAAAUGUUGGUUUAUAGAUCCUGAUUGAAUACAGGAGAAUAGAAGUCGUGUAAAAGCUACUCAAAGUUCUAAAAGCAGCUGUUCGGGGCCUUAUAUCUGAGGGAGGAUGUGGCCGAUUUCACCAACACUUCAAAAUAACCCUUUAGCCUAAGACUACCAGCUACACCAGUGAUCCCCAACCACCGGGCCACGGACCGGUACCGGGUCGCAAACCGUGUGCUACCAUGUCGCAGGUCAUUACCCACGCAAGGUCAUCAGUCGGUCAUUAACUUGAUGAGUAAGAAAAAAGUCACUUGAGAGUUUCUUUGGAAGAGGUGGUAGGGGACAUAAAAGGCCUAAUGAUGAUGAUUACGCAGAGACAGCUGAGGCCAAGACUGCGAAAAAAAAAGAAAGCUUCCUUCAACAGAAAAUACAACGAGUCGUACAUAAAGUACGGCUUUAAUGCAACCGGUGACUCACAAGCUCCAAGCCCCCUGUGUGUGAUAUGUGGAGACAAGCUGUCUAAUGGGGCAAUAAAGCCCUCAAAACUGCUUUGGCACCUUGAGUCCAAGCACCCUGCACUUAAAGACAAACCCGCUGAGUUUUUUGAGCAGAAAAAAUAUGAGCAAGCGGGACAAAAGCAAGUGCUGACAGCCAUCACCUCCACAAAUGCUGCUGCUCUGAAAGCAUCGUACAUAGUGGCUAGCUGUAUAGCUAAGGCUAAGAAGCCUUUCACUGUUGGUGAAGAAUUGAUUCUGCCUGCUGCCAAGGGCAUGUGCCUUGAACUGUUGGGAGAAGCUGAAGCUAACAAGACAGCACAGGUUUCUCUUUCAGCUACCACAGUUUCAAGGAGAAUCGGUGACAUAGCGGAGGACAUCGAAGCACAGCGGUUGGAACGGCUUAACGAAUCACCAUGGUAUGCUAUCCAGGUGGACAAGUCUACCGAUGUCGACAACAGGGCAUUACUGCAGGUUUAUGUGCGAUAUAUAUUUCAAGACGAUGUGCACAAGGAUAUGUUCUGUGCACUGCCGCUGCCAACUAACACAACUGGUACAGAACUAAAGUUUUUGAAUGACUACAUGUCAGGCAAACUGGACUGGUCAUUCUGUGUUGGAAUAUGCACAGACGGGGCUGCAGCUAUGACUGGACGGCUGUCUGGUUUCACCACCCAAGUCAAAGAGGUUGCUCCUGAAUGGCACUCCACACACUGUGUCAUUCACAGGGAAAUGUUGGCUAGCCAAAAAAUGUCACCUGAUCUUAACAGCAUAUUGAGUGACGUUGUUGAAGUUAUCAAUCACAUCAAAGCAAAAGCCCUUAAUUCACAUCUGUUUGAGCAGCUUUGUGAGGAAAUGGAUGCAGAGCACAAACGCCUUCUCUUACACACUGAAGUCAGGUGACUAUCAAAGGGGAGAGCCCUGGCCAGGGUUUUUGAGUUAAGAGAGCCACUACAGAGAUAUCUUUCAGGAAAAAUCUCACCAUUGGCAGCACACUUCAGUGAUGAGGAGUGCAUAGCAGAACUCGCUUAUCUGUGUGACAUCUUCAACCUGCUCAAUGAACUCAAUUUGUCACUUCAAGGGAGAAUGACAACUGUCUUCAAGUUGGCAUAUAAAGUGUCUGUUUUCAAAGCCAAACUGUAACUGUGGGGACGGCGAGUGGACAGGGGCAUAUUUGACAUGUUCCCAACAUUAGCUGGGAUUUUGGGAGAGUGUUGCAAUGAUUUUAUAUGUUCAUACGAGGAAAAUAAGUGCUGUGUUUAAUAUCCAAAUGUUACUUAAAAUGUUAUGAUUCUAUUGACUUAUAAUUGACUUACCACUAUAUUCAUGCGAGGAAAAUAUGUGCUAUGUGUUUAAUAUUAAAUUCAUUAGAUAAACCAUUUUAGAAACAAAAUUGAGUGUAUUUAUGUGGCUUAUAACCUACAUUCCGGUCAUG